UUCUUGUAAACCCCCAAUAACUUCUUGUCUUCUUCCCCCACCUUUGGUCCUCAAACUCUCUGCUCAUUCUCUCUCUAAGAUGCCUGCAACUAGACCAGGAGGAGAAGCUACACACUUGCUGAAAUACAAUACAUGGGUACUUAAAGUCCCCAUUCACUGUCUUGGCUGUAAAAGAGAAGUCAAGAAGCUUCUUCAGCGCAUUGACGGUGUUUACAGCACUAGUAUUGACAUACAGCAUCAGAAGGUGACCAUAAGUGGAAACGUUGAGUCAGAGAUCCUGGUUAAAAAAUUACUCAAAGCAGGCAAGCAUGCAGAGGUAUGGAAUGAAAAACCAGCUGAAAAGGCGAAGAAAAACGAUAAAGAAAGUGAUCGAAAAAGUAGUGAAACCAAAGUGGAAAGUAGUCGAAAUAAUGAAGACAAGCUAAAGUCCAUAAAGGGCAGUGAUUCUGCAGUGAAAAACAAUGGUAAAGAGACGAAUUUGAACAACAAGGGCAAUCAAAAUCGUAAGAAGAGCAAACAGAGUCCUGAAGCUGUAGUGGGUGACACAGGUAAUGCAGGAAAAGGUAAUUGUGUGAAUGCCUGUGAGGGAAGAUUCCAAGGAGCUAAUCAAGUUGAACAGUUGAGUGAGAUGAGUUCAAAUCAAACAGUUGAUGUCAUGAAUUACAAUGCAGAUCCUAGUAACUUUCAAGUCACAACACCACCUUACUUUUAUCACAACACUGCCAAUGACAAGUACGAGAGUUGCAACGUUCAUACAUCAACCUUUUAUUCCUUGGAUAUUUUCAGUGAUGACAACCCUACUGGCUGUUCUGUUAUGUAGUUCAUCGAUAAUCAUUUUUGUCUACUACUCGUAAGUCGUAACAAAUUAACAACUCCUCUCUUGUACUGUAAUCAAUAUUUUCUAGUGUCUGCUUGGCUUGCUAUUUUGGUUAGACAUGAAUAAAAAUGAAUCUGUUGUUAAUGUAAAA